AUGUGCUCGUGUGAAGCGAAGGCGAUCGUCAUCAAUGACAGCGCGUCGGAUAUUCCGCGAGGAGCUGGUUUUCUCGGUCAACAUUUGAUCAAAAUUCUGCAAGAGCGUGAUUCCAAAGUAUGCGAAAUUCGUGUCGUCGAUUUGAAACCAUACGAAAAUUUCUUAGGCCACAUUGACACCCACCGGGUCGUUUCGUACGAGGGUGACAUUUGCCAACCGAGCCAGAUUGAGGCCGCCUUCGAGGGUGUCGAUUGUGUGUUUCACAUGGCAGCCUACAUCAACUUUGACUUCCCGCCCAACUACAAGGAGCUGCAGCGGGUCAACGUCGACGGAACGCAGGUGGUGAUCGAUUUGUGCCGAAAGUACAACAUCCCGCGGCUGGUGUUCACCAGCGAUUGCCUGAUUCACAUGACGCCGUACCUGGGCAGAGCAAAUUUCACGAUUGUCUGCAACCAGACCGAACCGAAGACGAAAGUUCCCAGCAAGGAGAGUGAGUUUCAGAUUCCCGGUUACGCACCGUCCAAAUUGAAGGCGGAGAAUUUAGUGCUAGAGGCUAACGAUACGUUGCUGGCGAAUGGAGCAAAGCUGAAAACGAUUGCCAUUCGACCACCGGUGCUGUUCGGUGAGGGUGACCAGCGAUUCGUGCCGACCGUGAUCCGGAUAGCGAUGCGUUUCGGUGGAGAAAUUCCAAAGAUUGCCGGGCCCGGAGGUAAGCAGCAGCUAGUGUAUGCAGGCAAUGCGGCCUGGGCGCACUACCGGGCCAAGGAAGCACUGGCCAGCCAACCGAAGGACAUCGCUGGCUACCCGGUGUUCGUUACGGACGAGUCCGGCAUCGAGGAUACCACCCGCUUCUGUCAGCGUUUAUCCCGGGCUAAUGAAACACUCAAGCUCCGGCCGUCCUGGUAUCAGGUUCCACUGUUUCUGUCCUUCUUCCUGGCCUUCCUGCUGGAGCUGCUGAUUAAAGCGCUUAAUCCGAUUGUGAAAAUUAAACUGAGCUUUCCUCCGUGUGGGCUGCUCUCGUACAUGUCAUCGAUUCUGCUGUACAAUCGGAUUCGAGCGUCUAUCUAUCUGGAUUAUGAACCUAUCUACGGCGAGGAGAAGGCAGUAUCCAACUCGGCUCUCUGGUACGAGAAGUGGUAUCAGGAUUACUGUCAGCAGCAUAAUCUAAAGAAGCUGAAAGUCAAAUGAACAGUCUCCCAUCUCUCGUGUCCGACUACGAGGGAAACCAUUCGAUAAUAAAAAUUUCUUUUCCAGGAGUAUAAUCGGUUACGCAGAUUUUCUACCUGAUAGACAAGACGGGCUUUCACUUUCCCUCCUAAAAAUCUAGACACUAUAGUAUAGUCCCAUUUUCAAGCAGCAGUAUUGGCGAAAAGUGAAAAUAAAUACCUCCUACUAACGGGGAAGA